AGACACCCUUGCAAUGGGGCUGCCCAUGUGGAAGAGAUCAUUAAAAUAUGAAAAUUCUCAACCCUUGCUUUUUAUAUUCUUGAAUUGAUUAAGCUACAAUAGAAAACACAACCGACACACGUUUAUUAUCGAGAGAAAUAGGAGCAACAUCAAUGGUCAACACUGAGAGCAGUAGCAGAAACUCAAGAUGGACUCUCAAAGGAACCCCUGCUCUCGUUACCGGCGGAACUCGUGGAAUCGGUCAUGCUGUGGUGGAGGAACUAGCUGAGUUUGGUGCCACAGUGUACACUUGUUCUAGGAACCAAGAAGAGCUUAACAAAUGCUUGAAUGAGUGGAAAGAGAAAGGUUUUUCAGUUCAUGGAUCGGUUUGUGAUGCAACUUCUCCUUCUCAAAGAGAAGAGCUUAUUCGAAAAGUAGCUUCUGUCUUCAACGGCAACCUCAACAUACUUGUAAACAAUGUUGGAACAAAUGUGAGAAAGCCAACUCUUGAGUAUACAACCGAAGAUUAUUCAAACUUGUUGUCAAUUAACUUAGAUUCUGCAUAUCAUCUAAGCAACCUGGCUCACCCUCUUAAACAAUCUGGAAAUGGAAGCAUUGUGUUCAUUUCCUCUGUCGCAUCUCUCACAAGUGUAGGUUCUGGAACCAUCUAUGCAGCAUGUAAAGCUGCAAUCAAUCAGCUGAACAAAGGUCUUGCUUGUGAAUGGGCCAAAGACAAUAUAAGGAUCAACUGUGUUGCACCUUGGUAUACAAAAACACCACUUAAUGAUUAUUUAUAUGCAAAAAAAGAGUUUGUGAAUGAAGUACUGUCUCGAACACCGAUAAAGCGGAUAGCAGAAACACAUGAAGUGUCUUCUUUGGUGGCUUUCCUUUGCCUGCCAGCUGCUUCCUACAUCACUGGACAAAUUGUUUCUGUUGAUGGAGGAUUUACUGCUAAUGGAUUUCAACCCAGCAUGAUUAUUAGAAGUGAUUAAUUAAGCUUAUAAAAAUAAUUUAUGACUUAUGCUUAAGUGCUUUUUAAUUUUAUUUUAAUAAGUUUCUCAAAAUAAAGCUUGUUUUAUUUUAAGACUAUAGGACUAUUUCUGCAUCAUAUCAGGGUCCAUUUCCAUACUGUUUAUGGGUUCCUAUAUUCUAAUCCAAGUCUUAUUAAUAAUCAUUUUAAGACAGGAAAAUCUCAUUGCAC